GGCAAAGACAUGUUUAAGAAGAAUCAGAGGUGCCACCUUAAUUCUGCACCCUAUAAUUUCUUUAACCAUAAGCUAAUCACCAUUCCUUCCUUCCUUCUCUCUCUCUCUAAUUAUAUAUAUAAUCUCUCUUCUAACAUCAUUUUAUAUCCUCCUCCUCCUCAAUUACAUUUUCUCCAUUACAUUUUCCUAAGUUUGAAGAGAUGAAUUUUGAAGCAGUAGAUGAAAAUGAAGAGAUGGUGAUCCCAUCACCACGUCGACCUGCCAAAUUGAAUGAGCGAAUCCUUUCCUCCUUAUCCAGGAGAUCAGUUGCUGCACAUCCAUGGCAUGAUCUUGACAUUGGUCCUGAAGCACCAAAAAUUGCCAAUUGUGUUAUUGAGAUCUCAAAAGGAAGCAAGGUCAAAUAUGAACUUGACAAGAAAACAGGAUUAAUUAAGGUUGAUCGUAUUCUGUAUUCAUCAGUGGUGUAUCCUCACAACUAUGGUUUUAUCCCUCGCACAUUAUGUGAUGACAAUGAUCCUAUCGAUGUCUUGGUCCUCAUGCAGGAACCAGUCCUUCCUGGUUGUUUUCUGAGAAUAAAGGCAAUUGGGUUGAUGCCCAUGAUUGAUCAGGGUGAGGCAGAUGACAAAAUCAUAGCAGUUUGUGCUGAUGAUCCAGAGUACAAGUUUUACUCAGACAUCAAGGAACUUCCUCCACACAGACUUGCAGAAAUUCGUCGUUUCUUUGAAGACUACAAGAAGAAUGAGAACAAAGAAGUUGCUGUUAAUGACUUUCUGCCAAAGGAGGCCGCCUUUGAGGCUAUCCAGCACUCAAUGGAUCUGUAUGGUGAAUACAUAAUGCAUACUCUGAAGCGGUAAAUCAUAUGUGCAACCAUGUUCUUGAGCAUCGUCAAAAGAUUAUGAGUUUUUUUCUACAAUGUUCAAGAAAGUUUAUUGAUAUUGGGGUUAAAAGUUAGAGGAAGUAGCUGAUAAUUCCUCUCACCCACUAAAAUUACUACAGUAUAAGCAUGGCAACAUACUCCUCUGAUCAGAUCAGAGUUCAAAGAGUUAUUUUCAACACCACAACCCCUUUAUAUUUGGGGAUUACGGCGUAAUAUUAUUUAUUUUUUCUCUUGAGGGAAUUAUCAACUUUGUUAGCCAAAAUUUGGUUAUGUUUUUUUUAUUAAUGAUAUUUAUAUUUUUUAAAGUUCAA